CUGGAACUGACGCCAUGAAUUCAGACUUCUGGACUACUAGACUCUGGGAGAAUAAACUUCUGUUUGUUGAAGCCACCCAUUUGUGGUAUUUCUGUUAUAGCAGCACUGGAUAACUAAGACAGUCACUAUGAGUCAAAAUGGACUCGAUUGCACCUAACAACAGGGAAACCAGUGGAAUUUUAUGUGGUAGAACUCGAGGAAGGAGAAGAAUGCCAAACGCUGCAAAAAGGGUGGGUAAGACAAGGAUUGAGAUGAGAGACACGAAUAUUUUGUGGCUAGUUGAGAGUGAAGAAGAAAGUGGUAGGAGAUAAGAUUGAAGUAGGCAGAUACUACAUCAGGCACCACCUUGCAUGCUGUUAGGAGGCAUUUGGCUUUUAUUCUAAGUGCAAUGGAAACCUUUGGAGGGUUUUAAGCAGGGGAGUGAAAAAAAAUCUGAUUUGUAUUUUUAAAAUAUCACUGUAUUGUGUGGAGGAUGGACAAAAAGGAGUAAGAGUAGAGACAGGGACACCAGUUAAGAAGCUCAUUGCAGUAUCCAAAACUUGGACUAGGAUGGUGGCAGUGGAGGUGGUAAAAAGUGUUCAGAUCCAGCGUACAUUUUUUUAAGAAAAUCUGAUAGGACUUUGCUAAUGAAUUGAAGGUAGGGUAAGAGAGAGGAAACAAGGAGUUUUGAGGUUUUGGUUUGAUCAACUGAGUAGAUGGUGGUUCCACUUACAGAGGUAGACAAGACUAGAGAAAAAACGGGUUUGGGGGGACUAAAAUCCAGAGUUUUAUUCUGGCCAUCUUAAGUAUAAAAUGCCCAUUAGACUUGCAAGUGGAGACCCUCAGUAGGCAGUUGGCUAUUGUGAUGGUUAAUGUUAUAUGUCCACUUGGCUAGGUCAUGAUUCUCAGUAUUAUGUAAUUAUCCUUCACUUUGUGAUCUGAUGUUAAGGGGAUUUUCCUUGGGGGUGUGGCCUGUAUCCAAUAUAUAUGAAUGUUAUGCCAAAGCUCUCACUCUCUUGAUCCUGCACCUGACUCAGCAUCAUCUGACCUCUGGUUCUUGGGACAUGAGCCAGCAGCCUGCUGCCUGACUUGCAGAUUUGGGGAUUUGCCAGCUCCAGCAACCAUGUGAGCCAGCAGCCUACCACCUGACCUGCCAAUUUUGGGUUCGUCAGCUCCUGCAACCACAUGAGUCAGGAGAAGCUUCCUCCAGCCUGACACCUGACCCACAGAUCUGGGACUUGCCAGCCUCCAUAACUGUAUGAGCCCCUUCCUUGAAAUAAAUGUCUCUCUCUCUCUAUAUUUAUAUACAUAUGCUUCACUGGUUUUGCUCCUCUAGACAACCCAGCCUGAGACAGCUAUCUACAUCUGGGGGCCAGGGGAGAAGUCACAGCUGGAGAUACUAAUUUUGAAGUCAUCAGCAUAUACAUAGCACCCAAAGUCAUGAGAAUGCAUGAAUAUUAAAGUUGCUUUUCCCCUCUCACUUGAUCUGAAAGAAGGUCGGAUGGUCCUUGAUGGAGGGAAGGUGAAUGGAGGGAGGGUUAAAGGCACUACCGUUGGGCAGAGGAAGCUGGUCCUGGUAACCUGUGAGCUAGACAGCUCCUGGCUCAGAGACUUCUUGCAGAAAAAUGGCACCAGUGAAAUGAAGACUUCACAGUAGGACUCAAGGAUUUCCAUCUAUAUCCCCCCACCAAAAAAGAAAAAAAUCUUUUUCUCGUUCUCUCUUAGUAAAAUUAAUUCAGAAGGAAGAGAGAGGUGGUAUUGAGGACAGCUAAAAUGCAGAGCCAGCAAUGAGAUUCCCAGCUGAGGACUGAGAGAAUAAAUGUGGGGGUUAAUAUGGCUCUGCACCCCCUCCAAGAAUCAAAACUACGGAGAGGUGGCAUAAAUAGCCACCCACAGUUACGGAAAGUGGGGGUUCAGAGAUCAUACCCACUAUUCUGUUGCUAAUGUGAAGAUGAGCACAAGCUGGAGAGCUUAGACCAACCUUUCCUUGGUUCUGAGCAAAUAAGAUAAAACCACUGAAGACCAGGGCUUCUCAAAUUUUAAUAUGCAUUUGAAUCACCUAGGGAUUUUGCUAAAAUGCAGAUUCUGAUUUAGUAGGUCUGGGGCGGGGCCUAAGGUUCUGCAUUUCUAACAAGCUCCCAGAUAAUUCUGUUACUUCUGGUCUGUGGACCACACUUUGAGUAGUGAGGCACUAGAGGCAGCUGUGAAGGCCACCCACAAUGGAGGGGGCAUAUCCAACUCCAGGGAGAACGUGUUUACUUAUGCACAAAGUCACAGAACUUAUUAAAGUGGAAAUGCCUAUCAUUUUGCCGUGGUUGUGAGGCAGACAGUCAUUUCUUGGCAAAUUACAUCUUCCAGCAGCAUAGCAUAGUUGUUAAACCCUUGAGUCCUGAAGUUUGACCUCCUAUACCUCACCUUUUAGUAAGUAUGUGAUCUUGGACAAAUCUUUUAACUUCUCUGCACCUCCUUUCCUCAUCUCUAUAAUGGGAGUAAUAAGACUUCCGUGAGGAUUAGCUGAGUCAAUAGAUAUAAAGUAAUUAACACAGGCAGCAAAUUAAGUGCUCAGUAAAUAUUGCUAUGCUUGUUGAUAUUAUACCCUUCUACUGUAGUUACAGGGUCACUAUGAAUCGGAAUUGACUCGACGGCAACAGGUUUGUUUGUUUUUUGACUAUAGUUAAUGUAGACACGCAUAGAGGCUUAUUCUCUUCCUUUUGAUGCAUGGUCAAAAAUGUAACCUCCAUCUCCCUCCCACCAAAAGGUCCAUGUCCUCCCUUGCAAAUUCUUCCUACCCUCCUGCUCACUCCCCCUCCCCUGUCCCCUGGCCCCAGUGUGGUCUGGAUGGGCCCCACAGGGGCAGGGGCAGGGACAGGGACAGGACGUGGGGCUGUAUCUGACAGGAACCUGAGGGGCUGGCCCGGGAGGGGAUUGGGGCCCGGCUUCCUGAGGGGAGGAUGGGCUAAGGCAGGCACACUGUGCCGGAGAAGAUGCCCUCCUGGGCCCUCUUCAUGGUCACCUCCUGCCUCCUCCUGGCCCCCCAAAACCUGGCCCAAGUCACCAGUCAAGAUGUUGCUUUGCUGGCCUCGGACAAAGAGCUCCUGAACUGUUUCUCCCAAACAUUUGAGGACCUCACCUGCUUCUGGGAUGAGGAAGAGGCAGCACCCAGUGGGACAUACCAGCUGCUGUAUGCCUACCCAGGGGAGAAGCCCCGAGCCUGUCCCCUGAGUUCUCAGAGUGUGUCCCCCUUUGGAACCCGGUACGUGUGCCAGUUUCCAGUCCAGGAUGAUAUACGCCUCUUUUUCCCGCUGCACCUCUGGGUGAAGAAUGUGUUCCUGAACCAGAAUCUGACCAAGCGGGUGCUCUAUGUGGAUAAUGUGGGCCGGCCAGCUCCCCCCAGUAUCAUCAAGGCCAUGGGCGGGAGCCAGCCAGGGGAACUUCAGAUCAGCUGGGAGGCCCCAGCUCCUGAAAUCAAUGAUUUCCUGAGACAUGAGCUCCGCUAUGGCCCCAAGGAUCCCAGGAACUUCACUGGUCCCACAGUCAUGCAGCUGCUCUCCACAGAAACCUGUUGCCCAGCUCUGCGGAGACCAAACCCAGCAUCAGCUCUGGAACAGCCUCCAUGUGCCUGGCCCACAAUGCCCCAACAGGAUGGAUCAGAGCAGACCUCCGCAACUAGAGAAGCUCCAUCUAUGACAAUGAUGGAUGGAAGCUGCCUCAUCUCAGGGCUCCAGCCUGGCAACUCAUACUGGCUCCAACUGCGCAGCCAGCCUGAUGGUGUCUCCCUCCAAGGCUCUUGGGGUUCCUGGUCCUUUCCUGUGACGGUAGACCUGCCCAAGGAUGCAGUGGAAAUUGGACUCCGAUGCUUCACAUUGGACCUGAAGAAUGUUACUUGUCAGUGGCAGCAUCAGGACUAUGCUAACUCCCAAGGCUUCUUCUACCACAGCAGGGCUCGAUGCUGCCCCAGCAACAGGUACCCCACCUGGGAAAAGUGUGAAGAGGAGAAAACAAAUCCAGGAUUGCAGCCUCCCCAGUUCUCCCGCUGCCACUUCAAGUCACAAAAUGGCAGUGUUAUUCACAUCCUUGUGGAGGUGACUACAGCCCAGGGUGCUGUUCACAGCUAUCUGGGCUCCCCUUUCUGGAUCCACCAGGCUGUGCUCAUCCCCACCCCAAACUUGCACUGGAGGGAGGUUUCCAGUGGGCAUCUGGAAUUGGAAUGGCAGCACCCUUCAUCCUGGGCAGCCCAAGAGACCUGCUAUCAACUCCGAUAUACUGGAGAAAGCCAUCAGGACUGGAAGGUACUGGAAACGCCCCUCGGGGCCCAGGGAGAAACCUUGGAGCUACGCCCGCGAUCUCGCUACCGGUUACAGCUGCGCGCCAGGCUCAACGGCCCCACCUACCAAGGGCCCUGGAGCGCCUGGUCCGACCCUGUGAGGGUGGAGACUGCCUCCGAGACGGCCUGGAUCUCCAUGGUGACCGCUCUGCUCCUGGUGCUGGGCCUCAGCGCCCUCCUAAGCCUGCUCCUGCUGAGGUGGCAGUUUCCUGCCCACUACAGGAGCCUGAGGCAUGCCCUGUGGCCCUCACUUCCAGACCUGCACCGGGUCCUAGGCCAGUACCUUAGGGAGACUGCAGUCCUGAGUCCACCCAAGGCCGAAGUCUCAGAUGCCUAUGAAGAAGUGGAACCCAGCCUCCUUGAAAUUCUACCUAAGUCUUUGGAGAGGACUCCCUUGCCCCUGUGUUCCUCCCAGGCCCAGAUGGACUACCGAGGGCUGCAGCCUUCUUGUCUGGGGAUCACUCCCCUUUCUGUGUCCCCAGCCAUGGCUGAAUCGGGGUCUUGCUGUACUACCCACAUUGCCAACCAUUCCUACUUACCACUAAGCUGUUGGCAGCAGCCCUGAGGGUAGCCUCACCCCCAGUACUCUGGAAAGACCCAAACCCUCCAGUCCCCUCUGUGAACCUCCCCACUCCAUCCCUAAACACAAACAUCUCAGACCUGACCUCCAUCCCUCUCUAUCUACACUCAUAGUUGUGCUUCAUAACACUGAUCAUACUGCACUGCUGCUGACAUAAAUCCAGAACCCUCUCUCUGCAAGCAAAGUUCAUUUAACUAAGCUCUUCUAACUGUUACCUCCUUUCGCCAUUUUUUAAUGCCAAACUCCUUGAAAAGAAGGAGCUUCUUCCCACUUACUCUUCAGACCACUUCAAUUAGUUCCCCUACCACCACUUUGCUAAUGAAACUGCUGAGGUAGUUUCACCUCACGCCUAAUUUCAAGAUCCAAUAGGAUCUUGUUAAUCCUCAGUUUACUUGAUCUCUGUGUCAUUUGCCAUAGUUGACUAUUCAUUUCUCCUUUAAAUUCUCUCCUACCUUGGCUUCCGUAACACUGGCUCUCCAGGCUCCCCUCCUGCCUCUCUCAGUGUACUAGUGGUUAGAAGGAUAAGCUCUGGAGUCAGAGCUGGAUUUAAUUCCUACCUUUCCCACUUGCUAGCUGUGUGAAGGUGGGCAAAUAUCUUAAUGUCUUUGAGCCUGAAUUUUCUCAUCUUUAAAAAAGGAAUAAUAACAGUACUUUUUCUACAGUAGUGAUAAAGGUUAAAUGAAAUGAUCUAGAUAAAGCACUUAAUACAGUGCCUAGGACCUAUAAUGCUUAAUGUAUC